GAUUCGUUGGCAUUGCAUUGUCAUAGAUUUUAUUUUGUUCAUACCGCAUUGUUUUAAACAAUUCAUAUUUUAUAGCAGUACAUUUCUCGACUAAUUUCAGCAUUUACAAUAACACUUGAAGCAGUCGUGCGCAGCCGGGUAAUGUAAUAUUACUGUAACACAAGAUUAAAAUAAUACUGCGUUUUGAUAAUAAUUCUUUUUGAGAUAUCCAUAAUUUAAUACGAAAAUAACUACAACUUCUGCUUAGGAAAUAUGUCAACAAAUUUGUUAACGCAAGCUAUGUUAAAAGAUCUGCAUUAUGAUAUACCCAAUGUCUGUACGCAGCCAAUUGACACUUUCGAGUCGAUUGGUAGGCCCACUACGGUAAUGGUACUCUUUGAACACAGUGAUAUUAAUGCUGCUGUAUAUCACAUGUCAAAAACCAUAGAGGAUCCGGAAUCCUUUAGAUGUGGUGCGAUAGCCACCGUUUUGGUCGAGGAGUGCAUCAAAGAGAUUUUCAAGAAGAAGUUGCUAAAUGCACUUAAGACUCAAAAACUGGCGGAUAACAACAACGCUAGUUUCGGGGAAGCUACUGAAAACCUUAAAAGAUUGAAUGCUAACGCAAUCAAUUUCAAUAAUGAUAACGGUACAAUAGCUAUAAUGGUAGAUGAUUUUAGCCACGAACAUGUAGGAUCUUAUGUUAACGGUAUUAUAACGCUUCAUGCUUUUCGCACUAAUAAAGAAUGUAUAGCAUUAAUAAAAAAGGAAUCAUUGGAAUUUACAUGUGCAACAAUAUGGCAUGAGAAUCAUUCGUACGCGUAUGAGCUUAUAGCAGCGCUAACAUGCAAACUGUUCUAUAUAAAUUGCUUUCGCAUUAAUUUAUCGCCAUUGAAAUCAAAACCACCGGCAAGUGAAUCGUAUGUAACUAUGGAUGAACGUUAUCAUUACGAAACUUUCGUUUCUAAUGGUGUGCUAAAAAGCACCAUUUUUCCUAUUGGAAGCAUUUUUGCCAAUUAAAUUUUUUAUCAUGAACAAUAAAAUUGUAUGAAUUAUUUUACUAUUUUUAGAAGUGCUAUUGAUUAACGAUACGUCUGCAAUUAACUGAAGAGGCUGAAGUGAUAUUUUUAUAUAUUAUCUUUUGUUAAGAUACGGACAUAAAUAAAUACUACCGGAAGGAAAUAAAAGUAAAGUAAUUUAAGUAUCUUUUCAUUAACUUUAUAAAAACGUCUACAUGUUACGUUAUACAAAAGAAGGCGAAG